ACCCGGUUUUUCUACACCUUUCUAAUUCCACCAUCCAAGAUGCAGUUCACCAAAGAUCUCGUCACGGAUGCCGUCACACGGGCCGCGCCUUUCAUCAGCAACUGGCCACAUCAUUUCAACACUAUUCACGAUGCUGAGGAGUUCGUUCGAGGUAGUCUCGAACGGAGCAUGUUCCGCUACGGUACAGCACCGAGUUUCCCAACCUAUGUCAACGCUGAGGUCAUGCGGCGAACGCACCGUCACAUAGCACUGCAGGCUUACCAGGCAAAAUUGUUCACACUGGAUCAGUUGCCUGAAUCCAAGAGAGUGCUUGCCACUGCUGUUGAUGAGGGAGUCAAGCUAGCUUAUGAAACUGUGAAGUGGUACCCCAGGUCCUUCGCCCACAUCAACGAAGCUCGCAAUUACGUGCGGUGUAUCUGCAGAGGCAUAGGCCUGCGGUAUAUACUAGUUGACGGUGUCCAUCCACUGCAAGUAGCUCUCUACAUACACUACCACACUGCCAUUCAAGCGUGGCGAGCUCGCAAAUUCGAUUUGGAAGAAAGCCCCUCCAUGCCUGACAAGCACCGUCAAAUGGAAGCCCGUGGCCCCGCUACCCGUAUACCAUCUCGCGAUCCCCAGUUCCCUAUUUACUCCCGAGCCCGUCAGCUCGCCGCCACCGAGCAAGCCAUGGCUAACCCGAACUCGAGCUCAAGCUCCCCUUGGCCGUCUGCCAACGAUACCAAGGGAGACGGGGAGCUCUUGAACAUGAGUCCAGUGCGCAAUGACUUCGCUCAGGAAGACCUGAUGAGUUUCUCCCCUGUGCAAGAACCACACUCUUCCAACGACAACAAUCUGGACAGUCGCGAAAUGUCUGAAGACGACCUGAGCUUUCUGGAUGAGCUCGAGUUUUAG